GGCGACAGCAACCAUCCCUCGCGAUCGCGACUCGCCAUUUUCCGUCAACCUCAAUCAAGCUAGCAUCUGUCAGUCGGUUCGUUGUGUUUGUGUGUUGUGACUUGUGAUAUGAAAAAUUAUUAGUACCGAUGAAUCUCAAUGGGAAAUCGUGUUAAUGACGACGCCAGACGAUGGCUCGUUUAUUGUGUUUGUGGCUUUAAUGCAACGUUCGGUCAGUGAUGAUGGCCAAGUGAUUUGGUAAAGUGAAGUGAUUUGUGUCGUAUGCUGGGUACCUCAGCAUUGAGCUCCUUUCUUUGGAUAACUCGUCCUCACGACGACGUCGAGCAGAGGAACUGGAAGGUGACGCACCAUGUCGGCAAAAAACAUUCCAGGAGAUAAGAUAAACCUGCGGCUAAUACUGGUGUCUGGAAAAACGAAGGAGUUCGUGUUCAGUCCGGUAGACUCGGCCGGCGACAUAGCAGUUCACGUUUACGACAAUUGGCCAGAAGCGGACUGGGCGGCGGAGUGCGUGUCCCGCGCGGAGAUCCUGCGGCUCAUCUACCAGGGCCGCUUCCUGCACAGCUCGGUGACGCUGGGCGCGCUGGGGCUGCCGCUGGGCCGCACCACCGUCAUGCACCUCGUGCCGCGCGAGCACCUGCCCGAGCCCAACUCCCACGAUCAACGACAAAAAAGUAAAGGUGGCUCCAGCAGUUGUUGUUCUGCCUCCUGCUGCAUAUUGUAAUGCGGCGCUACACCGAGCGAGACGGGUGGUACGACGCGGACUAUGUGUUCACACUCAGUGAUGUAGACUCAGGAUUCCAUUCGCCCUAACUACCUUAGUGUUACAUUACCUUUACGAUUAGUGUUGCCAGGUGUUACCGUUCAAAUCCCCCCAAAUUAAAAAAAAACAGGCAAAUAAUCUUGAUUGGAAAUUAUGUAAGGUAUCUAUGGGUGUGCUUACUUACAUAGAAUCAUGACUUUUCCAGUUAUAAAUUCAUUACAAAAUUUAUGUUACUGUUUACUAUUUAGGCCUAAAAGUGUUUUAAUGCUGAGUUACAAAAAAAAACAGUUUAUGAAAAAAUAGUCACGAUUUUGUAUAGUUUUCACAAAAAUUAAUAAUUUGUAGACAAAAAAAGCAAAUAGAAAAUAAGUAGAAUCAUAUUAUAAUAAUAGAAUUGCCGACUGUACCUGUUUUUGCAUUACCCUGAAAGAGUUUGCUUAUAGCUUUGUAGCCGUAAGCAAAGCUUAAUUGCAUACAAUUUUUCUUACUGUCUAUAUUUUUGAUUUAUUCAAUAAUUAAAUUGUUUUGCAUUAAUUACUUAUAUAUGAUAAUCUUAUACUAAAAUAUUUUUUUAUUAUUCCCCAAAUUUAGGAAUGAAUACAAAAUGGAAUGUUUUGCAAAGAAUAAAUAUUUUUGACAGACAUAUUUGGUGCUCAUCAUAAAUGCACCCCAAUUCCACAAAAAAAUGCUACUCUAUAUUUAGCAAAAUGUCGUAAUUUCCAUAUCAAAAAAUAUGCCACAAAAUGGGCAAUUCCACCUAACGUUGACAACUGGCAACACCGUUAAACGACUUGUGAUGUUUUUAAAAGACUCUCUUCUAAUCUAUAAGACACUUUUCACUAUUCUUUUAUUAAUUCCUUUAACUAUUCGCUAGCACCUUACUUUCGGUUGGUUCCAUUUUGCACAAAUUGUACAAAUUAAAAAAAAAUAAUAAAUUAAACGCACACAACGAAGGGGUUUUUUGAAAAAUAUCGCAAGCGCAAUUCGUUUAGAAGUUUUUUAGAAGUUGUUUCGUCACAGUGGUAAUUAAUUCAGGAAAUAGCUUUAUUAUACGAUGUUCAGAGAAACAAGUUAAACGAACAAAUAUCCUAUGUACAAGGAUCCCUAGUACGAGGUUGGAUAAAAAAACCGUAAGUGGUUUUUGAAUAUGGAAAUCCAGUGUCAGAGUAAAAUGUACCUAAUAAUCCGUGCUAUAAAGCUCUAAUUCGCUGAUAUAUCUACACAUAUCCUAUUUGAAGAAAGAUUUUGAAGAAAAGAUAAGCAAGACAUUCUUUUAAUCUACUGCUAUAGUUCCAAUAUCUUAAACAGUCUCGUACUAAAGGAUUCUCUAUGAUAUUGUCAUCGUAAUUACGUACAGUAAUUUGUCACGUCAAAUUUGAUAUACCUUCAUGUACACGGGGUGUCGAAUGACGUCAUCAUUUCCCACUUUCAUGUACACAGGGUGUCGUGUGACGUCACAAUUUGCAGUUACGUGUCUCCUCGAACGGAUAAUAUCAAGCGAAUGUAACUCACCGCGUAAUUUAUAGCUCAUUAUCAUUAUAGAAUUAUCGUGCUGCCGAAUAUAAUAUUAUGUUUAAAUUUAGUAGGAUCUAUUUGUGUAUUUAAUACGGUAUAGUUGAACGGGAGAUUGUCUGUACAUUGGAAUGUAAAAGGAAAUUUGGUGGUACAAUUUGCAGUUUCUCGAGUAUUGUGUAAUUUUUGACAGUUAUUAUUUGGUUGAGAUCGACGAAUCCGCAUUGAGAGAGACUGAAACAGUAGUUUCAAAUAAAAAUGAACCUUAUGAGUAUAACUUUAAAGCUCAUGAAGUCUAAAUGAGUCGAAAAAGUGAAGGUUCCAAGUUCUGCUACUACCUUAGACUGAAGUCACUUAACGUUACGAGAUCGCAGUACAGUGAUAAAUAAUUUAAAACCAUAAGACUGCUAUAAGACUUUGCUAAAGUGUAGUGAAACUUGUACUGCAUUCAUUUCAUUUCGAUUCGUUGGCAAAUUAUCAAAAUUACACAAUACUAAGGAGUAGACAAAAUAAAUUUCCAACAAUAAUUAUUUAAUAAAACAGAAUGAACAACUUUGAAACGGUUUAAUUGAUUCAAACAAAAGUUUCAAUUUUACAAACAUAUUAAGUAAAUGUAACUUGAAACGUUUGGCAGGUGUCACCAACCUAAUGCACAUUCAUCUUUAUCUUAGUCUUUAUUUUAAUAGACUCAAGAUGAACAUGAAAGUGCAAUAGUGGUGUCACUUUAUCACGUGACAUUCAAUUCGUACUCUCAUAAUUUGAUAUACUUAACGAUCCUUGUACAUACAAGUCAAGUUAUGAUGUCAAAAAAAAAAUCGCGAGGGAUGAAAUGAGUGUCAUGGUGUAUAAGGGGUUGUAUUAUAGAAAACUAUUACUCAAUCAAUAAUUAUAUAUGGAUUGUAACAUGAUGGUAAUUGGCAUCUGCUAGAGCAAGUGUUAGGCAAAAUUUACACACGCACGAUUUCUAAUUAGACUUGCCUGUUCAUAUGCAAUAAAGAUAUAUUAAUAAUUGAUUAAUCGAGAUUCAAAUCUACUUUGAAACAUAAUUAGAGAUAAAGGGAAUACUGAACAACUUUAAAGAAACCAGUUUUAUAAUUAUUUUUAACAAAACAAAUAUUAUAAGGGUUUUUUUGACAAUCAGUAUCUCUAUAAGUGGGCCUCCUAUUAAUACGUACAAAUUAUGUCUCUGACCACUAAAAAUGUGGCACACGACUAAAUAUUAAAAAAAUAAUAUUAAUUUAGCAAUUAUUAAUAAAAAGUUUAUAAAAUGCAUUUUUUUCAUUACUUACAGAGGGCGGUCGUCAAAACAAGGUUUGCAACCUCUGUAUAAAAUUUAUAUAGAAACCGUGCGUGUGAUAUAAAAUGUACGUAUGUGUGUAUUACGGAUAAAAGUGAAAAUGGCGUGGUUUUCACAGAUCGCAUUGGCUUGUACACCGCUGUCGACAGAAUAAAUUAUAUUAUUAUUAAUUAAUUAUUAUUAUUAUUAGUAUUAUUUAGGCCAUCUACAUGAAUUUAUAUGACGUUGAUAUGGAGAUAUUUAUAAAGAUUAAUAAAAAAUGACAAAUUAUGUAGCGAAAUCUGUGCCAUGGUUUAGCAAUCUUACAGAUGGGUAACUUGAUUGACCAUUAACAACUACUAAUGUCUACAAACAAUGACUUUCACUCAGGUUUACAAAAAUAUCCGUGCUCUACUCCUUGUCAAGUUUCCUGAUCUCUUUAUAUUUAAACGUUGUAAGUGAAGGCUGUUUUGAAAUGUCACUUUAUUAACGAUUCGUAACCAUGGCGUAGCGCAUGAUUUACUACUUCUCUAUGCUAGGAUAAAAGUAUUUCACGUAAGGAAAACAAAAGAAAUCUAACUAUACCUAUCUGUAUAAUUGCAGAACCAUCAGCUUAAGGAGUGUGUAAAUUUCUCUCGUUUGCAUUGUAAAUAGUGUAUUUGAUAUCUAUCUGAGGGACUAUAUCGGGCUAUCUGUUUUCAUUUGUGAUAAGUUCUCGCAAUAUUUGGACUUUUGUUUGUAAAGAAUAAAAUUAUCGGUAUUUACCACGCUAGAUGUAGCUUGUAUGAAAUUAUAGUGGCUGGCUGGCAGCAUGUUCAUAUUUAUAAUGCUGUUUUAGUCGAAGAGAAGAUAAUAAUCUUUGGUUUUUUAAAGUACUAUUACAUAAUCAGAUUAAUUUAUUUAAAAGAAAUAACUGCAAUGUUCUAAAUCAGUCGCAGUUUUUAUUACUUCAGCUUAGAAGAUCCGUUAUGUUCGUCACAAAAUUUUCUCAGUAACUCGACGAUAAAUACCGUUAUCUCUGGGGCUAUAACGGAGAAUCACAAAGCGCCUGUUUAUUGGAUGAUGUUAUUAUAAAUCUCUUAGUGUUAAUACAAAAUUAUAAAAUACGGUUAAUAAAAUAUUUUAACACGUUCAGAAUGGCCGCUUCCGACUUAAAUAUGUGUGCUAGGCUCGUUCUUAUAUUUUGUAAUAUUUUUUCUAUAGUCUUACUGUAUCUCAAUUCCUGCUAGCCAUUAAUGAAAAUGAAAACUAGAUUCAUAAUCGCCAUUUAAAGUAACUAGUUAACCGCACGACAGAACAACUGUAUGAUUAGUAAACUUUGACUGUCAAAAUUAUAAUAUGCCUUAAAAAUAUUAUUAUUUCAAUGCAUAGUAUACUCGUAGAUAAAAGUAACAUGAAUAUAUUCAUCCUGAUUACUUGAAUGUAAUAUUAUUAACUAAAAAAAAAUAGUCCCACCAAAUGUUUUUUUUUUACUUUCUUUAAUUUGAACAGCGAUUGUGAAUUAGUUUUAAUUCGUCAUUAGUGGCCCUAGUUAGUGUUACCAAAUCCCGAACGAUUGUUGUAAAUAAAUAUCGAACAAAUGCUUUUUAUUAUUUUAUUAAUAUCACAUCACACAUUAUGUAUUUGCCUGUAUUUUUAUUGGCGUUUUAUUAAGGCUAUAUUUUUUUUUAUAGUGGCUUGAAAUUUUGUCUAAUUAUUUUUGGCUAAGCCGUUGAUUAUUUCUUCCUUUAGUUAUUAAAUUAGGAAUUCAUUGUUAAUGAAUUAGUUAUUAUUAUAAUUAUUAGAUCGCGUUAUUUAAAAUUGCAAUAAUCCAUCCCGUCGUUUAAUAAAGAUGCGAUAUAUUUUGUGAUAUAGUACAAAUAAAAUUAUUUACACUCAAAUAAUUAUGAGACAGAAUCUUGGGCUAAAUGAUAUCCUUUUGGAGCAGUAUUAAGUUAACAACGCGUAGAUUGAUAACAACAAACUAAAAAAAGCUAAAAAGUUUGUACAUUUGUUUUAUAGUGAACUGAGAAGAAUCUUGCCAAACACAACAUCCUAGGCGAAAUAAAAUACUUAGGAAAAAUUUAAAAAGCAAAAACGAAACAAAUCUACCAACAUUUGGCUUUACGCGAUGUUCCGAUGCUGUAUGACUGUUUUUUUUUUAAUUUCUAUUUUUGUUUACUGUUUAGUUUUUGUAUGUAUGUAUUUUGUUAAGUUGUGUAAAAUAUCUAGUUAAUAAUAAUUAAAGUAAAUUUACAACGUCA